AUGACUGAUGACGUCGAGUUGAUAAAGUUGUAUCAGGAAGAAAUCCAUUGCGUGUCCUUACAUCCUACUGGUCUGUUUGCUAUAGUUGGUUUCUCGGAUAAGCUUCGUUUCAUGGUGGUUUUGAUAGACGACUUUGAAGUGAUGAGAGAGUUUCCCAUAAGGAAUUGUAAACAAGCCAAGUUUAGUACGAAUGGACAGAUUUUUGCCGCCGUCAACGGUCAAGUCAUACAAGUGUUUUCAUCCGUGUCUUUUAUGAAUAUUUUUAAUUUGAAAGGACAUAAUGGAAGGAUUACGUGUCUAGCAUGGUCAGCCAAUGAUUUAACAAUGAUAUCAUGUGGAACCGAAGGCGCGGUGUACGAAUGGAGCAUGGUCACCGGACAAAGAGUCGGAGAAAUUAUAUUGAAAACUAACCAAUUUUAUGGAUGUGCCGUAAAUGGGAACGGUAAAACAUCUUACGGUGUAGGAUCAGACGGAGAAAUUAAAGAAAUUGGUGCUAACACUAUUAGAAGAAAUAUGGGAUUGAUUGGCGCUCCACUUGAUACCGUGGUACUAUCACGGUCAGACUUGAUGCUGUUCAUCAGCGGAGGCCUCGGUGGCAUCACCUCCAUACAGCUACCAUUACUAGAUAAACCUAUAUUUAACGAGUUUCACAUGCACAAUACGAAAGUAACUUGUAUAGCACUUUCAUAUGACGAUCAGACUUUGGUAUCAGUCGCAGAAGACGCCUCCAUAUGCUUAUGGAGACUCACUAACGCUGAUGGUCGAGCAAUUGCUCUAGACAAGGACUUUGCGUACUCCAAAGAAAUAUUAAUUAGCAAGAGAGAUCUACAGGAGAAAAUAAACAAUAUUAAUUUAUUGAGUACGCGAAUGAGUGAACUCGAAACGGAACACACUUAUCAGCUCCGUCAGGCCGAAGCGACACAAGCAGAAAAACUGAAGGAGGUCCACGAAGGCUACUGCGCAGCUAUCGAAGAACUCAAGGAAAAGAAUGAGCAAAUGGAAAACGAACACACUCACGAAAUAGGCAUGAUUCAACAAGAUAUCGCGAAGUUGCGGUCAGGCCAUGAGAGAACGUUGCAAGCUUUAGAAGCUGACUUCAAUAUCAGACUCAUUAGCGAGUAUGACAGAUACCAGAGCCUUGAAGACAAGACGGCGAGAAUGCGCAAAGAUUAUGAGCAAAGGCUUGAAGAACUGGCUGAAAGUAAACGUCUUGCUCUCAGAGAAAUGAACAAUAAGUUCGAAGCGAAGUUGGAAGAGAAAGAGCUCAUGUUGCAAGAGUUACAAGAACAAGCAGAUAUGGAGAAAAAAGAACAUGAAACCAUUAAAACGUCUAUUGAAGAAGAUGCUGACCGUGAAAUUAUCGAGAUUCGCACAGCAUACGAAGUACAGCUGAAGGAAGAGAAGGAUGCUAACGUGAGACUCAAGGGAGAAACUGGGCUUAUGAAGAAAAAAUUGAUAAGUGCCCACAAAGAUAUUGACGAAUUUAAACACCAAAUAUCACAGCUAAAAGCUGAACACAAACAGUUCCAAAAAGUUAUUUCAACUCUUGAAAGAGAUGUUGCCGAUUUGAAAAAAGAAAUUGGAGAAAGAGACAACUCUAUACAAGACAAAGAAAAGCGAAUUUACGAAUUAAAACGAAAGAAACAGGAACUUGAGAAGUAUAAGUUUGUAUUGAACUUCAAGAUCACAGAGCUGAAAAAUCAGAUUGAGCCAAAAGAGAUGCAAAUACGAGAAUUAACUCAUCAAAUUGAUGAUAUGGAGAACGAGGAAUUAAAACUGCUAAAUACAAAACAUGAACUUGAGCUUAAAAUUCAGCAGCUCAAUGAAAAAUUGGGCUCAGCUAAAAAGGACUUCUUGGCCGAAGCAGAUAGAAAUUUGACAUUAAAAAAUACGCUAAAGAAAAUUAAGAUUGAUUUGCACAAUAUGACUGCAGAGUUCCAAGAUCCUUCUAAAUUAAAGUUGGCUGUGAAAACCUUAUUUCACAAAUACGUCGAGGACAUUGAUUUUGUCCGGAGUCGCAUUGCGGAUGACGAGGCGGUUCGCGAGUUCAAUCGUCAGCGAGAUCACUUGGAGAAGCAGGUGGCUGGCUUGAAGCGCCAGCUCGCUAAGGCUCUAGGUGGCUCUAAGAGCGACAUUGGGAAGAUUAUGGACGAAAACUGCACAUUGCUCACUGAGAUUAACAAUCUGCGUACCGAGUUGAAAACUACCCGUACUCGAUGCUUUCAAAUGGAGUCCAUCUUGGGCUUGUCUGCGAGGUACAUACCGCCUGCUACCGCGCGGGCCAAGCUUAAACAAGUCUCCGAGGAUAGGGAAAAACUUGAUGAAAAGUUCAAGCAGAAGAUUGAGGAAAAAGAAGAAGUGAUUACGGCUUUAAAGCAAGAAAAUGAGCGACUACUUGACAAAGUAAGAUGUGUCCAGGAAAACCCUACGCACGAUACUGAAAAGAAGUAG